AUGGAAAAUGAAGCUGUGAUCAGCAAGGUUAUCAAGGUGAAAAUUCCCGAGAUCACGUCUCCGAAAACGGGCCCGGUGGGCCCGAACAGCUCGCUUUCAAGGCAGGGGAGUGUUAGCAAGCACAACUGCCUUUGCUCUCCCACAACCCACGCGGGCUCAUUCCGCUGCAGGCUGCACCGUGGGCCGGGCCUUCAGAGGUCCAGCAGCAUGGGCCCACAUGACGAAGCGGAUCCGAAAGGGUCCGUAUGCAAGUCGGGCAGCUCGGUUGAUGCAGUUGCUAACUGA